AUAUAUAAGAAGCAUUGCCUAAGCUCUAAUAACACACAAAAUAUCAACAAUGCCUUCUUCACCCAAUAUAUUUCUCUCAUUUUUAUUACUUCUCUCCCUAAUUGCCAUUCCCAUUGUGCAUGGUCAAGUUCCCAAAAAUGCAACUUUUCAACUAGUUAAUGAAGGAGAAUUCGGUCCAUACAUCGUCGAAUAUGAUGGAAACUAUCGUCCCUUGAGCAUCUCAAGCUCACCAUUUCAACUUUUUUUCUACAACACAACUCCAAGUGCCUACACUCUUGCAAUGCGGAUGGGCACUCGUCGAUCUACAUCUGGUCGUCGAUUUGUUUGGGAGGCCAAUCGAGACAAUCCUGUUGGCGAAAAUGCUACACUAACAUUUGGAGUCGAUGGAAACCUUGUCCUAGCCAAUGUUGAUGGUAGAGUGGCUUGGCAAACCAACACGGCCAAUAAAGGUGUUGUUGGCCUUGAAUUGCUUCCUAAUGGUAACAUGGUUUUGUAUGACUCAAAUGGUCAUUUCGUGUGGCAAAGUUUUGAUUACCCAACUGAUACUAUUUUAGUGGGCCAAGCUUUACGGGCCGGGUCUCAAUACAAGCUUGUAAGUCGCUUUUCAGCGGCGGAGAACAAAAAUGGGCCUUAUAGCAUGGUAUUGGAGCCCAAAUCACUUAAACUCUAUUACACUAGCAAGAACUCACUAAAGCCUUUGCUUUAUUAUGACUUCUCAUCAUUUCAUGGAGGGUCUUUUCAAGACCCUCCAAUGAAUUUGACGUUGCAAGCUGAGCCAGAGUAUGAUAAUUCUGCUUAUGAUAUGACGUUUUCUUCCAUAAAUGGAGGUUAUCAAAUUGGAAGACCUAACUACAACAGUACAUUAUCAUAUUUAAGACUUGGAAUAGAUGGAAAUGUCAGACUCCACACUUUCUAUGACAAAGUAGAUUGGGGAGCAUGGGGAGCGACUUUCAUUCUUUUUAAUAAAAAUCUUCGUUGGUAUGAGAAGAGCGAGUGCAACUUGCCUGAGCGAUGUGGGACUUUUGGAGUUUGCGAAGAUGAUCAGUGUGUAGCUUGUCCAUCGGAGAAAGGACUUUUGGGUUGGACCAAGAAUUGUGCACCCGAAAAAGUGAAGUCUUGCAAACCAAGUGAUUUUCACUACUACAAAAUUGAGGGUGUUGAUCAUUUCUCAAGCAAGUACACCAAGGGUAGUGCUGUUAAAGAAAGUGAUUGUGGCAAAAAAUGCACUUCAGAUUGCAAGUGUUUGGGUUACUUUUAUCACCAACAAGCUUCAAGGUGUUGGAUUGCUUAUGAUUUGAUGACUUUAACCAAAGUUGAAAACUCCACCCAUGUGGGUUACAUCAAGACACCUAACAAGUAAAACUAGUUUACUAGUUUGAAACUUGAACUCAACUUAGUUGAAGUGUUAGUUUCUAGUUUGUAGUAAUGUUUAAUUGGGAAUAAAGUGAAUCCAACUCAUUGAAAA